AUGGAAAAAAUAGAGGAAAGACUAGACGGAAGAGAAGAGGAAGUGAUGAUCAUCGGCGGAGACUGGAACGCAAGAACGGGAGAAGAGGGAGGGUCGAUAAACGAGGACCUAGGGAAAGAAAAAAACAGACGAUCGAAAGACAAGACGAUAAACGUGGAAGGAAGAACACUGCUAAAGUGUCUGGAAGAGAGAGGCUGGACGAUAAUCGAUGACAGAGAUAAAGAAGGGGAGGAGUGGACCUAUAUCGGGGAGAGAGAAAACUCAGUAAUAGACUAUGCGUUUGGCAAUCAGGAGGCGACAGAAGAAAUAAUCGACAUGAAAGUAGGAAAAAGAACAGAGUCGGGCCACAUGCUGUUAGAAAUAGAAUAUAUCUAUUAUAUAUAUGAUACCUAAUCAAUAACCUACGAUGCUAGGAUGUUAAUUAAAUUACAGCAAAGACAGAAAUUAUUGUAUCGCAAUAUGGCAUUACAACUUUGUAACUGCGUAACAUCAGUAAGUGAAGACGAGCAGAAAAAUAUGA